AUGGACACGACGGAGUCAAUUAGGCUCCGAAUUAAAUGUCUUGCUGUCGGUUUCUUCUGCCUCUUCGCAGCUUACAAGGCCUCGGAGCAGCUGCAGACUACGGUUAACAGAUCGUCAGGCUAUGUAUGCCUGCUCGUGAUAUACUCGUGUCUGGCCAUCAGCUCCCUUGUCGCUCCGUGGAUUGUUGCAAAAGUUGGUACCAAAACUUUGCUUUGGACCAGCAGCUUGCCGUACGUGGUGAUCACGGCUUCUUACUUGCUGCCCAAGAAUGAGAUGCUCCUGUCCAUCUCCUGCUAUGCCGUCGGCAUUGCAGCCUCUACCCUGUGGACAAGCCAGGGAGAAUACGUGGGGAAAUGCUCUCUGCUCAUGAGCCAACGCACCGGUGUUGCACUCACCGACUGUACAUCAGACCUGAACGCGACCUUCUUCGCCAUCUUCUCGGCCUCCGGGGCUCUCUCGCUGCUCUUUGCAUCCGUCGUCAUGAGCGUGCUAGACAACUCGCUGACCAUCUUGUUCACAGUGCUGACGAUCUUGGGGGUUGUUGGAGUGAUAUUGCUGGCUUUGCUCCCAUCCCCUGAGUCCAACCAUUCUCUCGAUGUCGCUGAGUUGCUGAAGAGUUUUGCCACUGCGAGCAAGAGACAGGAAACAGUCGAGGCCGGCCAAUCAGAGCCGGAAGACAAGAAGGGGAUCCUUGCUCUUGGACCGGCGGACGCACAGUUGGAGGCUCCCAUCAUUGAUGGUGGAGCGGAUAGUGCGAAGUUGCCAAAUGCUCAGCUGCCAGAUCUUCACUUCAUGAUCCGAUUUCUGACGAGGGACCUCCGGAUGCGGUACAUCAUACCAGUAAUGCUCGUAGAUGGAGCAAGAAUGGGAUUCUUCAUCGGAGCAUUCAUGGAGAAAGUGGUUUCAGGGCUCCUUGGAGUCACAUACGUAGCUACAGUCGGCUUCAUCUCGAGCCUGGCUCUUUGGUUUGCAUUCUACGCAAUCUGGUGUCAGAGAAGGAUAGUUGAAGGAACUGGACGGGUGGUGGAUAAGCCGCAGGUGCAGCUGGGAAACGUUGCUACUGGAGAGGAGGGAGUGGACUCGCAGCAGGUCCCCGGCACCAUGUCGGACGUUGUCAUCAUCCUCUCUGGAUGCAUCGUCAACGCCAUUAUGGAGCCGGUGUGGAAUGGUUUCUUGCGAGCGACGCUUCAGGUCUACUUCUGCGACUCAAUAGAGCUGCCCUGUGCCAUGUCUUCGUUCUUCGUCUUCACGUCGAUUGGUUUUGCGAUUCAACAAGGGAUCAGCCUUGUCUUUUCAGGGCAGCUUGUCGCUCAGUGUGUCUUUCUUUUAUUCUUCUCCAUCGCAGCAGGAACGCACCGAAAGCCUUGA